AUGUCUCGAGCAGUGCUGGUUACAGGUGCCACUGGAAAUCAGGGUGGUAGUGUCGUUGAUGCCCUGUUCAAAGCGAACGCAGGCUUAGAGAUUCUUGCUCUUACUCGCAAGAAGAAUUCACCCAGAGCCCAGUCGCUUCGAGAGAAAUACCCCACGAUCAAGCUCGUGGAAGGUGAUCUAAGCGAUGUGCCGGGGAUCUUCAAGAACGCCAUGACGGUUGCCUCUCAAGGAAUCUGGGGUGUAUUCCUUGUGCCCGUCAUGGUCCCAACAAGAUCUAAGCACGAUGUCGAGGAGCAACAGUCCAAGGCUGUAAUCGAUGCAGCUGUCCAGAACAACGUCAAGCACUUCGUCUAUACCUCUGUGGACCGAGGCGGUGACGAUUCAAUCCACAACCCAACUGAUGUGCCUCAUUUCGCCACAAAGCACAACAUUGAGAAGUAUCUCCUAGACAAAACCCAAGUAUCUGGCAUGAACUACGUGAUCCUGCGCCCCACCUGCUUCUUCGACAACUUCACUCCUGGCUUCGCGGGUAAGCUCGUAAACACCUGCUGGAAAGUCGCCCUCAAGGAUAAGCCCUUGCAGCUAGUCGCAGUCAGUGAUAUCGGCUUUUUCGGUGCCCAGGCAUUCCUGCAUCCCGAAGAAUACACGGCGCGGUGCAUUUCCCUAGCCGGCGAUGAAAUCACAUUCGAGGAAAUGGCACGCAUAUACAAGGCUCGCACCGGCGAAGAUAUCCCAAUGACCUUUGGCUUUCUUGCUCACCUGCUUAUGUUCAUGGUCAAGGAUGUGGGUAAUAUGUACCGUUGGUUUUACAAAAACGGGUACAAGGCCGACAUUCAUAUGUUGAAGAAGGUGUAUCCCGAGCUGAAGGAUUUCGGCACCUGGUUAGAAAAGGAUACCAAAAUGAUUAAGAAGCCCUUUUGA